GCUGAGUGAGCAAGUUACUUAGUGCUGAGGUCGAUUGGUGAAAGCUGUUUAAUGUUUGCGUAUUUAGCAUUUUUGUAUUAAAGAUAUUUCUAUGGUAAAUAAACAUGCAUUCAAAAUGUUAAAAUACGCACAAUCAACAGUGGCAGUAAGACGAUAAGUGUAAUACAAGUAUGGUUUGGGAUUGUUAUUCUGACAGUGUAAGGACAAAGUUAUGCUAAUUUACUCCCCAUGUUACCGGGUUUCACCUAUGUACCUGGCGUAAGAUUCAAAAUGUCAGAAGAGAUGGUAAAGUAAGCGGUCGAGAUGGUUCCGUGGGUAGCAUUGUUGCUCCUCGCUCGUGCUUGCUGCCUGCCCGCUCUUGACAUUUCUCAAUGCAUCGCUCCGCUGGGUAUGGAGAGUGGUCUGAUCCCCGACAAAGACAUCACUGCAAGCUCCUCGUUCAACAAUGAUAAUGUUGCACCACAGAAUGGAAGAUUAAACCAGGAAAUUAAGAGCGGUGCGUGGUGUCCCAAGUCCCAAAUCACGACGGAGUCGACUGAGUGGUUGGAGAUAAAUCUGCACUCUGUUCACGUGAUAACGGCGACAGGGACACAAGGGCGUUUUGGAAAUUCUCAAGGAGUGGAGUAUGCUGAAGAAUAUUCGUUGGAGUAUUGGCGACCAAAGCUUGGAAAAUGGAUGCGCUAUCGACCAGCUGAUGGACGGGAGAUUUUACCCGGUAACACGAACACGUAUUUAGAAAAGAAAAAUCAUUUGGAACCGCCAAUUUGGGCUUCCAAAAUUCGAUUCAUCCCUUCAAGCUCGCAUCGACGCACUGUUUGCAUGCGAGUGGAGCUUUAUGGGUGUUAUUGGAACGUGGGAAUAGUUGCGUAUACGAUGCCAAAGGGCGACAUACGCAGCAAUGAUGUUGGCCUCACUGACUCGAUUUAUGACGGCCAGUGGGGCGAAGAGCUAAAGGGGGGUUUAGGCAAGUUGGUUGACGGACAAUUUGGUGGGGAUGAAAUACGUGAAGCCGCCAAGAACUUAGCCUGGGUUGGCUGGAGGAAUGAUUCGAGGCCAACACCACCAGUGAUUACGUUCGAGUUUGAUAAAGUGCGGGAAUUCAGCGCUGUUCAUAUUUUUUGCAAUAACAAAUUCAUGCGGGAUGUACAGGUAUUCUCGGAGGCUAUUAUCUCGUUUUCAAUCGGAGGUCGGCACUUUCAAGACGAACCCAUUCAGUAUGCAUCGGUGAGCGACAAUAUAUUUGAGAACUCAAGAAACGUGAGCAUCAAAUUGCACCAUAGAAUCGGCAAGUGGGUGCGCAUCGAGAUGCGGUUCUCGGCUCGGUGGAUUCUUAUUAGUGAAGUCGUCUUUGAUUCGGACGUCGCCCAAGGGAAUUACACUCCUGAGAGUUCGAAGCCGAUUCAAGUUAAAGACAAAACGAAAGUCCUUACAACAAAUAAUGUACCAAUUUCCACAGCACAUCAAGACGAUCCACUCUAUAUGGCGAUUGUCGUUGGGGUCCUUACAGCUCUUGUGAUAUUACUAAUUGUCGCUGUGUUUCUCAUAAUACAUCGGCAUAGACAUAGAAAGUGCUUCGCGUCGCCUCUGGCCAAAACCACUAUAGCCCAAAAAAGAGCAGCGCCAGAGAAUUAUAACACUUGUGGCUCUUCGAUGUUGCCCGACAAUAAGAUGAUAAUUGAUUGCGGGUUAGAUGUGAAGUCUGAUGAAUAUCAGGAGCCCUAUCAGGCCUUGAAAUGUGCGCCAUACUUCAGCUAUAGCACAGUGCUGUUAGAGAUGAAGGACUUUGUUAAGGAUUCUAAUACAGCGUUGUCUGAUAGUUCAAAUUACGACUACGCGGUACCAGAGCUGUCAUCAGCGCCACUAUUAACAAAGCGUAGAUUGCUCGACGACUCGUCGGCUGCAACUGCGCUCAUGAGCGAUCACGAAAUUGAUAUGGAGACGAGGCGCUCGUGUGCUGGAUCAUUGCGCUCCAAACAUAGUACGAGGUCGCCAAGCCAGCAGGAGGUGCUUAUAGAUUUAAAACGACGUCUUGAGACAACGAAUGUCAUUGAAUUUCCCAGACACCGUCUUCGAAUGAUUUCUAAACUGGCUGAAGGGGCUUUUGGCACUGUUUAUGUGGCGGAGGCGGACGGAGUUCCCGAAUACAAUGGAACUAUUACCUCGGAUCGGCGCUUAGUUGCUGUCAAGUUUCUAUGCCAUGACGCCUCGCUCAAGGAGAGGUAUAUCAUGGAGGAGUUUGAACGUGACGUCCGCAUUUUGGCGGCUCUGUCGUCGCCACACCUCGCAAGAGUAUUGGGCGCCUGUCGAUCACCGCCAUUGGCUGUAGUUCUCGAAUAUCUUGAGCUUGGUGAUUUGUGCUCGUUCCUACGUACGACAGUGCCGCCAUCUCUCGCUACUUUGAUGCACGUCGCAACGCAAAUCGCUGCCGGAAUGCAAUACCUGGAGUCAUUAAACUUCGUGCACAGGGAUUUGGCUGCUCGUAAUUGCCUAGUCGGAAAAGGAUACCAGGUGAAAAUAAGCGAUUUUGGCACGGAUAAUGAAGUGUAUGCGUGUGAUUAUUACAAAGUGGAUGGAAGGAUACCCCUGCCGUUGAGGUGGGCUGCCUGGGAAUCUGUUUUGAGAGGGAAAUAUACGACCAAGAGCGAUGUAUGGGCGUUCGCUGUUACAUUGCACGAAAUAUUUACUUUAUGCCGCCGGAGACCCUAUGAACAUUUGACUGAGGCUGAGGUGCUAGAAAAUCUAUCCCAUUUACAAGCGGAUGACGACCUCUUCGAAUGCAUAGAUCGAGCUCCCGGCGUACCACGGGAUCUCUACGAAGUCAUGAGGGAUUGUUGGAGAAGAGACGAACUGGAAAGACCAACCUUCGCGGAAAUACAUCUAAUUCUACAGCGUAAGUGCCUAGCACUGACUACGUGAUGUUACCACAGAUGUCAUAGAUAACAUUAGGUCGAAUUCGCUCGUAUCCGACUUUAAGACUGAAACGAUCCAUGAAAUGUCAAAUGUCAAUAUUAUGCACGGACUAAAUAUUUAUGAUUUGUUUGUUGAAAUAUGUUUAAAACAUUUUGAGGAUAACUGAGCGAUCCUUUAUAUGGUGUAUAUUAUUAUACGUGAUAAAAAAUUAUGUUUUGAAAAAGUAAAUAUACCCACCUAAUAAAACCCGACUGUAGGAAACUAUAAUAUUUAAGAUUUAUGUAUGAAAAUCGCUCAGGUCGUUCUGCAUAACACAAGAACAUAGUACUUUUUAUUUUGUGAUAUUAGGGAUUUGAGGUGAAAUUUCUUUAAAGAAUGUCGACAUUUCAUAUCUUAUGUAAUGUGUCAGCAUGCGUUUCACGUGAAAGUUUUCAUUUGCCGAAGAGACCUCUUUAUCCAACCCCACGACAUAUUCGUAAUUACGAGACAUCGAAGACGCACCGGUCUCUAUAAAAACGGAUUUUAAAACCUUAAAUGGUCAAUAGAAAUGGUAGAACCGUUACAGAACAUUCUAGAUAAUUCAAUCGGACGAGAAGUGUUUAUAAGUAGUUCGUUGUCGGCUCAUUCGUUUCUUUGAGAUGUAGUCAAUUAAAAGUUAAGUACUGCGAACCCUACAAAUAUAAAUUGCAGGUUUUAGGUCGUUUGCGGCAACGAAUUGAUGUUUCUAGAAUUAUUAAAUUUUCUAUACGAUGCACAUUUGAUUGGAUCAAACUAUUAUAGAAAAAAUUUAAUCCCAUGAAAUGUGUAUUAACAGCUUCUAUUUCUUCCUUUUGGAGAGUGUUAGUAUUUAUUAAAAAUCGUUUAAGUAAUCAAGUAGUUUUCGAUUUGGCCUAGGGAAAUGGCUGAUUGUAGAAAUAAUGUAGGCACGUUUUGUCAUCGAUUCACUGACAAUGUUCGCGCACAUAAACGAAUAGUAAUUUUCAGUUCUGCUAUACUUUCAUUAUCGUGUUAGAUUUAGAGGAUAUUCUGUACUUGAAGAUAGGGAUUGGCAUUUUUCUAUCUCUCUAUAAGGUUUACGUAUGAUGGGACUAUAUACCAUCGAAUGAAACUGCCGAUCUCUGUGAAUAUGCUGUCGUAGUAGAAUAAAUUGCUUCCUAAGCAUUUCAUGAAAUGGUUAAGGCUGCUCAUAUGACAUUGAAGUCUGGAUAUUUUGAUAGUGUGUUUAUUGCAUUAUAAAUUAAAAUAUAUUUUUUAUCGGUACUUUGUAUACAAAUCAAUUUAAUUAUGAAAUUGUAUUUUUUUAUUUCACCGCAAUGAGCGUACCUAAUUUUUUCUGAUAAUUUUAUGCAAUACAACUAUUCAAUUAUAGAUUGUGUUAAUCUACGAUGAGGCCACGAUAAAUGGGAAUUUUCCCAACGAUUUUCACUAGCGGUCCUUCAACAUUCAAUCCCUCUUUAUUUACAAACUAAGUAAUUCUAAUUGAUCACUGUCAAAGUACUCUUUCAUCUCAUUUUGACAACGUUUUCUACGCUGUGACGUGAGUCAGGUGAAUACUAUGGUUGAAACCAAUAUGCCAAUCCCAAUCUUACGGUUAAAUAAGUAACGUAGACGCUUCGUUGACUUAGAAUAAGAUUCAGAGAUGACUUAUCGCGAACUAUCACUCUCCGCUGAUUAUUUUGACAGAUUUUAUGGCUUAGACAAAUCUCUGAAUCUUCGUCUCUAAGAUAAUUUACAAGAGCUUAUAUUUCAGUGUCGUGUGCGUGUUGAAAUAUGAAUUAAGUUGUAAAUCUAACUGCAAAUUGACUUUCACGAGUGAGCUACGUUUAAUAGACAUAAGAAAUCCGAUCUUCCUCCGCUAAUAAUAGGGUAAUAGUCCGCUUUACUCUUUACAAAUGUAUAAUAGUGGUAACAAUACUAUAAGAUUACCUCGAAGUAUGUACUUAAAGCAAUAGAAAAAUUAAGGGUAUAAAAUUCUAAUAAAAAAAAAAUAUAUUGAAAUGUUUAAUCAUAACUCAAUUGAAUUAAUCGAUCUGUAUUUCGCUACAUAUCUUUAUGAAUACGAUAUUUUGAAAUUUAGGCCCCGUUUUGAUGCGAUGCGAUCUUUGUAGUAAAUACUUGCUACCAACGGCUCUUCUUAACUUGCCGGAUACAAAUAAAUUCGUAAGUUCUAUUCGCAAAAUCGCCAGUUACCAUGUUAUGAUAGUAAUUUAUUUUCAUGUAAUAAUUUAAACCAUAUUUUAUUAUAUUAGUCACUAGAUAUAGAUUCAGACUAUAAAAGAUUAGGUAUAAAAUAUUAGAAAGUAUUUAUAUAGUUGACAGUUGUCUAUUUUCCGUAGUUUACCGUGUUAAAGUUAGUGUUGACAAUCUUCGACAAUAUUUUGAGCGAGUAGAUAGGGUGUAACUUUUUAUCGAGAUUAGAAUAAUUACGUUUCGCGUAUGUACUGAAUAUUACAUGGACUAAGUAGAUAAUCUAAUCACUGGCGAUUGUGUUCGGGUAAUUUGAAAUAUUGAAAGCUUUAUUUAUUUAGCCCAGACUAUAAAUCUUAUCACGACGUAAGAUAUCUUAAAUUUUAUACAUUUUUAACGACUUUCAGACUUAAAGCUAAAUUUCUUUUCUUACCACUACCCUCAGAGUGUAUGGAGAUCAUAUAAUUAUAAAUAUUUGUCUACCUAUUGCAUAUAUAUCCGUGCAAUACCUUAACUAUACCGAGUGAUCGCUGGUGAAGAUUAUGAAGAAAUAGGUUUAUAACAUAGGUGUUACGACCGUGGACCGAACGGCUUAAUCUUAAGAGCCUAAUUUAGCAUUUUAAAGUAAUUAUCAUAGAUAUAAGUGAUGUUUGCGAUGUAGAGUUUUCACUAUUUGUACACAGACGGAACCAAUGUACUAGGCUUAGCGAACACUUAAGAGAUCUAAUUAUAUUCUAAGAAAGUAGGAAGACUAAAAUUACGCAUUUCCUCGAUCUGGCCUUACUUUCUUGUACUAGCUUAUAGUCUUGUGAUGAGAAAACUCGUGUCUCAUUCCUUAGUGCUAUAUCUAUUAUAGUUAAUGUUAGGCCCCUAAUAAUAAUAAUGUACAAUAAACACCCUCUCUGCCUUAGUGAUGCUGUUUUUACCCCUAUGCUAUGAAAUAUCACUUUAGAUUGAAAUUAUUAUGUAUCUUGUAAAUACGAAUUCUAAUGGCUGGUGUAUAAUAUGAGCACUAUGGAAAACUUUAAUUCCUAACAAUGGUCCAAACUUCACUCGCUUUUUUAUUUGUACUAUACGAUUAUACAAUUUCUAUAUAGAUAAAUAAUAAUUAGUAUAGUGUUAAUGUCUUAUGCUUUAAUAUUAUUUAAUAAAUGUAAAUCAUGUAUUUGACAAAAUGCUUAAUUUUCAUAAUCGAAUUUUAUGAUGAAAGGUUGAUACCAAAUGCAGUAUUUUUAUUUUAUAUUCUACAACUUU